CCCAUUUGUGCAAGCUGAAAUGCUGAAACAGUUUUGCUACUUGGAAUGUCUCUAUGUUGGUGCGGGCUGAACCUGGCUCCAGCAGAGCGAGCAGCCCGGCGAAGGCGUGACGGCCCCAGCCAGCGCGCACACACCUCCCGACCGCUCUGUUGGGUGAGCGCGGAGAGGGCAAGCGGGCAGGGUAUGGAUUUGAAACACGGCCCCGCUAGUGUCCAAAAGCAAAUCCCCGCUGCUGAGGCGAGGGAAGCGAGGCAGCCGAUCCACCCUAGCCCGGGCUGCUGCCCGCCCCCAGGAAGGGAGCACAAUGGGGUAAUGGAAACCCCGCCCCCAGGAGGAGAUGGGACCAGGGGGGCAUCAGCCAGAUGUAACCAAGGGCUCGCCAGGCUCCCACCCCUUGUGCCCCCCUGGCUGGGGCGGCCCCGGCCGCAGUUAGCGGCCCUUCCCCCGGCUCCGGGGCGCAGCGCUGCCAGGGCAGCCCCCUGUGCAGGCGGCGUGGGUGCCCGCCGGCCCCUUACCUGUCCCGGGGGUCGAUCCACGAGGUCUGCCGGGUGUUGUGGUCGAUGUAGAAGACGCGCCCGUCGAAGUCUCUCGCCUCCUCCCAGCCCGCGGGCAGCGGCAGCUCCGAGCUCUCCCGGCCCCGCUGGCCCGCCCCCCGCCGCCGGCUGCCCGGCUCCCUGCUGCUGCCGCCGCCGCCGGCCGCUCACCCACGGCAUAGCCCCGCCGCUCCCCCGGCCGCCGCCACCCGGCCCCAGCCGCCGCCCGCUCCCCGUCCGGCCCCGCUGCCGGGCCCCGGCCGCCCGCCGCCGUCGCCGCCUCCAGCGCUACCAAGCGGCCCCGCGGGGAGCGGGACUCGGGCGGCUCCGGCAGCGCCGCGCCGGGCUCAUCCUCCCCCGCUCCGAGCCGGGACCAGCCCCGCCGCUAACCCCGCCCGGCAGCGGCCCCGAGAGCCCGCGUCUCCCAGCGCCCGCCCCGCUCACAGCCCCGCCGGCUCCCCCCCGCUCCAGCCCGGCGCCUGUCCCGGCCAUCUUCCCUCCCUCCCUGCGCCAGGGCCGGCCCCUCCCGGCGAUUCCCACGCUGGGGCGGGGAUCGGCGCUUCCCCUCCGCCUCCAGCCCAGGCGGCGCAGACACUCCCCUCCAGCCAGGGGUGGGCCCUGGAGAGACCCGCUCCCGGAAGGGGGGCGAGGCGCGGCGACCGAAGUUAGCUCCUGGCCCAGGUGGCACGGAAACAAAUCCGGGCAGUCUGGAGAAGAUAAGAUUUAAAGGCUGCAGAAGAGACAAGUUACACAACAUCAAUGCAACCCUGACUGCCUCCCUGGAGCUGGCAAUAGCGAUGGACAGAGGAGUUGGAGAAUCUGAUGAUUGAGAUGUGGGAAGUUUGAGCCCCUCUCUCUUCCCCCAUGUGUCCUCAUUUCUCAUAGUAUACAGGCACCUCUUUCCUUAGAUCAGCAUGCCUUAUUUCAGUGCUGAAUUGUGGUGUAUUAGUAGCAACACACAAGAGUCUCCUUGCCCUGGGGAUUGCCAGCGGUGAGAUGGGAUACGAGAGUGGUCUGUAGGUCUAAUAAUGGUUAAGUGAUACCAUUAGAUGGACUCCUAUAAAGGUUGAAGGGGUCAUAGUGUUUAGCAAAUGUUGGGAUGUUUCUGUGGAGUAGGAUCAGUGUUUGAGAGUAGGAUAGGUGGAGGUAGCUCCUGUUAAUACAUUUUACCUAACACAAAACAUGCACCUAGUGCAUCUGCACUCUUUAUUUCCUAGUUUUGAAAGAUGUAAGUUUAGCAGAACUUGUUGUUUCAGACGGGAACCAGGCAUCCCCAGUCAACUUUAAAUCUAGGUGAAAGUUUUGAGGUAUUAAUUUUUUUUUAAGUAAUUUAUUAGUACUUCCAUGUAUCAUACCCAGCUCUCCCUUCCACAGCCUCUGGCUCCUUCACAGCGAUUAGUCCCAGUGCAGAAUGCACUGGCUGCAUGUUAGGCCCUUCUCUGCCUCUGCAUCAUCUCCAUGUCUCUGCCAGUCUACAACAAGCCUGGCUCUCCCUACUCAACCAUCCACUCCACGCAGAGGCAGGCAGCAGCAUGGAACCUGCAGGUGGAGGAUUCAGGGUCAGGGACAAAGAGUCAGCGGGGACAUGUUUUGAAGAGGAGAAAGACAUUGUGGCUGACCAGAGAGGAAGGAUGAUCCAGGGGUUAGGACCUCAAACUUGGGUCCAAUUUGCUGCUCUGCGACAGACCAUUUGUGACCUUGACCAAGUCAGUCUGUCUGUGACUAAGCGCCUCAUCUGUAAAAAUGGGAAUAAUAGCACUUCCCUGCAGAAAUGGAGCCCCUCAGUCUACCUGCCUUAGGCCGACAAGCACGUGGUUUCAGGGGCCCCAUUUCCAUGGAAGGGGCAACAGAGCAAAUCGGUGCCCAGGAAGUCUGCAGAGAGAUAAAGGAGGAAACAGCACUGUAGCCUGUUGAGAUGGACUGCUUAAAAUAUCUAGGGAUCCAGAGGUUUGGAUUCCCCUCACAGCUGUUUGAGUGGCCAUGAGGGGGUGCUUGAAUAGAGCAGGUGUACCCUACGCACCUCCUCGGUGAGGUGCUCUAUCCCAUCUAGUGGCAUUGAGACCAUUUAUCCCUGGUCUACACUACAGGGUUAGGUCGAAUUUAGCUGCAUUAGGUCGAUUUUACAAUGAAUGCGUCUACACAAGCAACCCCAUUCUGUCAAACUAAA